AUGAUCCGUUCAAGCUUUAUUUGUUUACUUUUGUCCUGUGUUAUAUGUUCAUUUUGUGAAAAGGAUUUUGUGUCCCUUGGUCGACAUCAAUGGCGUUGUAAUAACAAGAUUAAUGAUCGUAAUUCAAAUGUUUAUUCUAACCAUUCCGCAUCACAUGGAAUAAAUGCGGAGCCCGUCAUCACUCCACCAACUACAGCCGCUGUUAAAAAGUCGGGAACAAAGUGUUGUUGCGGAAAGGUUUGUAAAGGAACUCGAGGUUUAAAAAUGCAUCAACGUAGUUGUCGGGUCAUCAUGGGACUAAAUAAAGAGCUAUUAGAAAAUGUAUUUGAACAGGAAGAAAGCAACAACAACUGUGCUGGAGACCUAGAUGAUAUUGACACCACCUCAGUCUACAAUACUAAUCAGGAGGAAGAAUAUCCUGAGUUAAAAAAUGGUAUAAAUCUUCCUAAAACCAAUUCAGAAUGGCUAACGGCUAACGAACAUUUCAAAUUUUCACUAAUGUCUAAUCCACCAAUCACAAGUGACGAUUUAAAUACAUCAAUUAAACUACUAAAUGACACCAUUUACACCUACUUUGCUGGAAACUUCGGGUUUGUGGAACGUCUGCCGGAUAAAUUACUCAAUGAUAAAUACAAGAAUCACAGCAUAAAGGACUUGAAGAAAGCAUUGAAACUACUUAAAAUAUCCAACUCUGAUCUUGCCGAAAUUAAAUAUGUCUCUCGUCUCGUGCGAAAUAAGCUCAAAUAUAACACAACUAAUGAUAACAUGCAUAAUAGUACCAACGAGUCGUUUAAACACGAUAAAUACUUUGAACGUAAUUUCUGGGGAUAUGUCAAGAAAGUCAUAAAUUGCAGCGAAUCAAUUCUCCCUGCCUUCAAUAUGGACGACUGUUUAAUUUAA